UCUAGUUUUCAUUCAUCCUGUCUCCAUCUGCGCACAUGACUAGUCUUCGCCUUGUCACGUCCAAGGCGCUCGAGGUGCCCACUCUCAAGGUUCAGAUCGCAGCUAAGCUGGCUAACAUGCCUCUUACCUGUGAGAACUCUGGAAGCGCCAAGGUUUUGGAGCUUUUCAACCCCAGCACUGCUAGCGUCCCCACUGCCCGGUACACUGGCCCGGUCCUGCGCUACAUCAGCCGUCUCCAUACCGACCAAAGCGGCACUUGCGAUCAAAAGUCUAUCAUCGGCAAGUCCGCGUUGAUUGAUUCUUGGCUGGACUUCGCUGAGCUCGAGCUGAGCCCUGUUGAGGGUGGCCUUAGUAUGCUUGAGGACCACCUCAGGACUCAUACAUACCUUUCUGGCGAUCUACUCAGUAUUGCUGACGCGUCGGUCGUGACCACAUUGGUGGCUGGCCUUGCUUCUGAAGCUGACCUGAAGGACUAUCCCAACGUCUUGCGGUACAUCCGAACGUGUUUGGGCAACCCUGCCGUAGCUGAUGUCCUCUCUCGCUACUCUGCGAAGUUCCCCGUCCCUGAGGUCACCCCGUUCGUGCCCGGUAAGGAGGAAGUUGAGUCCACGGACUCCGAGGCGACCAAGGUAGAGUCGGAGAAACCCGAAAAGGACCAGCCGAUCAAGAAGCGCGCAGGUGACCGACAGAACGCCAAGGUCAGCCAUACGGAGCUCUCCAUGCCUUCUCCCGAGUCUGUGUCUACCAAUACUGUGAGCCCUAUUCCUGAGGGCAGCGAGCCCCCGAUCCAUCCCUAUUCGACCUGCGUUGGAGGUCGAACUCGUGUGAAGGACAUCCUUCUGAGGACUGAUGGCGGUGCCGGUCUCAUCGGGAAGACUGUCAGCGUGUGCGGCUGGGUAAGAACCAAGCGAAGCCAGGGCAGCGGUUUUGCCUUUGUAGAGAUCUCUGAUGGCUCAUGCUUACAGGGGUUGCAGUUGGUCCUGGACAGUAGCUGCCCUGAUUUCGAAGGUACUAUUGCACAGAUCGCCACCGGUGCCUCCAUACAGGCAAUUGGCGCUUUGGUUGCAAGCCCUGCUAAAGGCCAAGCUGUUGAGGUUAGCGUUCGUGAGAAGGGCAAAAUUAAGGUCAUUGGAGGAGUUGAGUCGGCCGCGUAUCCUCUUGCUAAGAAGCAGCACAGUAGAGAGUUCCUCCGUGAGAUCGCCCAUCUCAGACCCAGGACCAACCUUAUUGGUGCUGUCGCUCGUGUGAGAUCGUCCUUGAGUGGUGCUGUUCAUGCCUUCUUUAUGAGCCGCGACUUCAAGUAUGUCCAUACUCCCCUUAUUACAAGUGCUGAUUGCGAAGGUGCUGGUGAAAUGUUCCAGGUGACAUCGUUGUUGCAGAAGGCUGAAGGUGCUCAUCAGGACGUCAAGAUUGACUCCAACACCGGCCGUUUUGACUACAAGCAAGACUUCUUUGGUCGUCCUACGUAUCUUACAGUGUCUGGUCAGCUGAAUGUUGAGAACUACGCUUGUGCGUUGUCGGAUGUGUAUACCUUUGGUCCUUGCUUCCGUGCUGAGAACUCACAUACUUCCCGGCAUUUGGCUGAGUUCUGGAUGAUCGAGCCCGAGCUGUGCUUUGCUGAUAUCCACGAUAACAUGAAGUGUGCUGAGGAGUUCAUCCAGCACUGCGCUCGCCAUGUUUUGGCUCAUUGCCGAGAGGACAUAGCGUUCUUUGACAAGUUCAUCGAGAAAGGCCUUAUCAAGCGUCUUGAGAACCUGAUCGCUGAGCCCUUCGCCAGAGUCAGCUACACUGAAGCCAUCGAUAAGCUUUUGAAGGCUCAGAAGAACGGCAAGGCUAAGUUCGAGAACACCAACAUCUACUGGGGUUUCGAUCUGGACUCUGAGCACGAGAGGUACCUCACAGAGAAGAUCUAUAAGAAGCCAGUUAUUGUAUAUAACUAUCCUGCUGCUAUUAAAGCAUUCUAUAUGCGAGCUAAUGAAGCUGAUGAGGAUGAAUCCAAGCAGACUGUGGCUGCUAUGGACAUCCUUGCUCCUCUAGUGGGCGAGGUAUGCGGCGGCUCUGUUCGUGAGGAGCGCCUUGACGUUUUGGAUAAGAAGCUAUCUGAUCUCAACAUGGACGUUGAGGACUACUGGUGGUACCGCGAUCUCAGACGUUUUGGGAGUGUUCCUCAUGCCGGCUUCGGCAUAGGGUUUGAGCGCCUGAUCAUGAUGAUGACCGGAGUUGAGAACAUAAGGGAUGUCAUCCCCUAUCCAAGAUACCCGGGCCGGUGUGAGUUCUAAGUGAGAGAUUUGGCUACAGUAGCAUUCUGCUGUUACCGUUGGUGUACAACCAGUCGCGUAAAAUUGUUUCUACACUGCAAAUGGUCGCGAUUUACGAUUCCUGUACUCUAGCU